AAGGCAAGCUUCGGAUCAUUUUGUAUGUAAGUUACUUGUUCCAAAUCGGUUGAGAUUUAGUUAGUAAAGUACAUGUAAAAAAAGUAUUAAUCACAAUAUAUUGAGUCACGAGGGAUAAUGAACGGAGCAAUGGCCAUGGCACCAACAUCCCAGAAUAAUGUGGAACCUCCUAGCAAGAAACCUAGAGUUGAAGAUUUGUGCGUCGCCUCAAUCUCGGAUAGUUUGCGCACAACCAUCAUUGCUCAGCCCAGAACACGGAAAUGCAACAGAGUUCUUGCCAGGCCCUAUAUAUGAUCUUAAUCAAAUUAAACAAGUUGUUGCUGGACCUGGAGCUAAAUAUCUUACAUUGCCUGGCAUUCUAGGUGCAGGUCUUCCAAAAAUUACAUCUGAACAACAGGAUACAGUAAAUAGAGCAAAAAAAUAUGCAAUGGAACAAAGCAUCAAAAUGGUUUUAAUGAAGCAGACACUCGCUCAUCAACAACAGCAAAUGGCUAGUCAACGGAAUCAGGUGCAGAGACAGCAGGCUCUCGCCCUCAUGUGCAGGGUAUAUGUGGGCAGCAUCAGUUUUGAAUUAAAAGAGGAUACGAUUAGGCAAGCUUUUUUGCCUUUUGGUCCUAUAAAAUCAAUCAACAUGUCUUGGGAUCCAGUUACGCAGAAGCACAAAGGAUUUGCAUUCGUCGAAUACGAGAUACCUGAAGCAGCACAACUUGCUUUGGAACAAAUGAAUGGUGUCAUGAUUGGUGGACGUAACAUCAAGGUUGUGGGACGUCCGUCGAAUAUGCCUCAAGCUCAAUCCGUUAUAGAUGAAAUUACUGAAGAAAGUAAACAUUAUAAUCGAAUUUAUAUUGCAUCAAUUCAUCAAGAUUUAACAGAGGAUGAUAUUAAAUCUGUGUUUGAAGCGUUUGGACCCAUUACAUAUUGUAAAUUGGCACAAGGAAGCUCACCACAUCGACAUAAAGGUUAUGGUUUUAUCGAAUAUGAAACAAUGCAAGCUGCUUUGGAAGCUAUUGCAUCAAUGAAUUUAUUUGACUUGGGUGGGCAGUACUUACGAGUAGGCAGGGCUAUUACGCCACCAAAUGCUCUUAUGGGUCCGCCAAGUGGAACUAGCAUGAUGCCUACUGCUGCAGCAGUUGCAGCUGCAGCUGCAACUGCAAAAAUUCAAGCGAUGGAUGCGGUAGCCAGUAAUGCAGUUGCUCUUGGUUUGACUAAGCUUGGAGCAGCUGCACCACCGAUUUUAAAUCAAGCUUUACCUGGGAUAGUAAGACCCACUAUUGCUCCUGCAACAAUGAUGGCACCGCCAACUAUAGCAACAGUAGCACCUGUUAUACCUCCUCCUGGUAUAGCUAUACCACAAACAUUAACUCGACCUCCUGCAAUAAUUCAACCAAUACCUGGACAACCAGUUGUGAUACCACCUCCAGCUGUUGUAGCACCUACAAUAGUAGGAACACCAGUUAUACCAGUUACAACUACAACAAAUUCUGAUAUUAUGAGACGAGCACAAGAGCAAGCAGCUCAUCAGAAACAGCAAGAAGAAUUACAAAAAAAAUUGUUAGAGGAAACAGAACCGCAAACAUUACAACAACAAGAAAAUAUGUCAAUCAAAGGACAAAGCGCGCGUCAUCUUGUUAUGCAAAAACUUAUGCGCAAAGUUGAAUCUCGCGUUGUCAUUUUACGAAAUAUGGUAGCUCCAGAAGAUGUGGAUGAAAGUUUACAAGAAGAAAUUCAAGAUGAAUGUUCUAAAUUUGGAGUUGUUGAAAGAGUUAUUAUUUAUAAUGAGCGACAAUCUGAAGAUGACGAAGAUGCAGAAGUUAUCGUAAAAAUUUUUGUUGAAUUUUCUCAAAUGAGUGAGGCAGAACGCGCAAGAGAUUCUUUGAAUGGUCGUUACUUUGGUGGACGAUUAGUGAAAGGAGAAUUAUACGAUCAAGCUUUAUUUGAUAAUAGUGAUUUUUCAGGUUGAUUACAAAAUACUAUCACAUCAUGUGUUGAAUUCCAUCAGUUUCAUUUAAACAAAAGAAUUUACUUACUGUUCAGUGAUAUUCCAUGUUGUCUACAUCGGAAAUACUUCUUAUACAAUGUAAACAAUUAUAAUCUAUCUUCUGAUUAAAAAAAGUCUAGGUUUUAAUUUUUGCUUAUCUAUACUUCUCUAUAUUUAAAAUUAGUCAAUUAGUCAGAAAUAUUAUCAAUAUCUAGUAGAACUAAUUUUUAAAAAAUUUUAUUACAAUAUAAAUUGAAAAUAAAAAAAACUAUUGAGAAUAAUUUUGCUCAGUAAAAAAUUUACAGCUGAAUUAUUAUUUGUAUCAUUUAUAUGAAGGAAUUUAAUUAAAUUUAAUGUCAAUGUUAUUUUCAUUUAAAAAGAUGAUUAAUUUCUUAUAUAUGUAAGUGUAUAAGAUAUGCAAAAAAGAUAUAGGAUAUUAAUAAAUUGUUUUAUUCAUAGGCUAUAAACAAAUAAUACACAUAAAUUAUAUGUCAUAAUCAAUUAUAUGUUACAAUAAAGUUUGUACAUAUUUA